AUGUUGAUCAAACCGUGGACCGAACAACCUGCUCCGAGACACUUACUCUCUGAACUCGAGUCCGGAGAGGAAGACCCUCUAACGGCAUCUCCUUCAUUGCUACCAAAAGUUGAGUAUGUGCACCUUCAUUCUGCGAGAACUGAAUAUUUGGUGGUGGCGUGUUCUGCUACUCGCAUUAUCACUGAUGCUCUUGGACAACUACCUGGAGUUAUAGAGUCCGGCAGAAUCGUUAUCUCGCCCGUGAAAGACGACAAUGAUUUGGAAUAUAUUGCUGAAUUUGAUGAGGAUGAACAGUUGUACGUGAACGAAGAAGAAUUUAAGGAUUUGAAGCCUGUGAGUGUUCCAGUUUAUACAGUGACUCUUGAGACUGGGGUGAUAUCUUUUGUUUCCGUUCCAAAUCUUGAUAAUCGGGUUUACCAUGCAAUUGCACGCGUGAUUUCUGCUGAGAUUCCCUUUGAUACGCUCCUUGGGAUCGGAACUUCUGAGCUGGGUCGCGAUACCAUCGAGGUGCUGAAAGAAGGAUCUGACGAUAAGCAGGCCAACAGCUUGAUAGCCCAGCUGCAGCCGCUCGCGCCGCCACAUUUCAUCACUGGGCCAGUGGCAAGUAUGGCUGCCACCGUCAAAGCACUUGGGAAAUCUGUGCUUGUUCUUGUGGUGAAUGGAGAAGGUGCAAUCCAUUUGAAUUUGGAAAAGUGCGAUCUGGACUUGCUGGUAGAUUGUGGACUCGUUGUGGAGUCGUAUCUGCAUCCUGGUCCAGAAUUUAUGAAGAGUGUUAAGGGAAGUGCUAUUGCAAAGAGCUCAGUGUCUCUCGGAUUGUAUAUAUGA